GUGUCUCAGAUUUGUGCCUUCUGGGGAUUUAUUUUUCACUCGUUUCCUCGUUUUCGGUGUCGCCACUAGAUUUGAUUUGAUUUGUUUGGGUCUUUAUUUGCUAUUUCCUCCGAAUCGCUCCGUGUCUCCUGCUUUUAACCAAGGAAUGGAAACGGUGCUGCUUUUUGUGGGUGCGGGAAAUGCUCGGGCGUUGUCAUGGAUGAUGACGAUGAUGAAUCCUGUCUCCUUGAUCUUAUUGGGGACCCACAGGCGCUGAAUUAUUUUCUACAUGUACAUAAGCUUCAUUGA